CGCUCAGUGGGCAAAAGCCUUUCCAGACUGGUCCCUGAAAGCAUCGUGCGUACAGAUGCCUGCUGGUUGCCAUGGUGAAUGAUGCUGAUCUGAAGAAAUGAAUAAUGUGAGCGUUGGGGGCGACAGUGGGAUUACUCAGACAGUGGCGAGAGGCAUCAAGGAGAGCCCAGAGCAGCGGAGGGGAGAAGGCUCCGUCCCUUCAGCUUUGGUCCACUCUGUCCCUGCCUCUGCAGGCUGCGUUCUAACCAGAUCCACCGCGAGCAUCAGAAUCAGGAUGAACAUCGAGGUUGGGAACGUUUCUCACACAGGAGCCAUCAUUUCCUGGUCAUCCUCGGAGCCCUGCCUGGAGGACUAUUACCAUAUUAUGUAUAGGCCCAACUGGAAUAGCAUCUUUUCCGGCUAUCUUCGCUACAGCUUCCACCACGAGGAGAAGGUGCCUCGAACCAUCAGCUCCGUGGUGCUGGAACACCUCGCCCCUUCCACUCUCUACUUCCUCUGCAUUAGCUGCAAGAAGGCUGCCUUCCCCUAUAGGCACUACUGCACCAUGUUCCAUACCCUGGAUAAGAGUCCGCUGGCAGCUGGGAGCUCGCUGGUGGACCCCCAGAUCUCCCUGUGGGUGUUGAUGGCCAUUCUGCUGGCCUGCUUCACAGCCGUCUUAGCUUUCAUCUGUCUCCAGUUCUGGUGCAUCCGUUGCCAUGAGCCUCGAUGGUCUUACAGAGCUGGCCACAUGGAGGAAGCCAAUGGGUUGGUGAGAUGGCCAGAGGAGGCCCCCGCCCUUGGGCAGAGAGAGGAAGACCUGCAGGGCCUCCCCCUGGUGGAAAUGCCGCGCAAGAACUCCGGAGCAGAAGCAGAACCAGAUGCCGAAGGGGAAGCCAACCAGGAAGAUGACGGGGCUGAUGAGGAUGCCGCUAAUCAGGAUGUCCCCGACGUGGGGGCCUUACUGCAGGGUGGGGGGGGCGAUCAUGCUGCCAUGCUGCCUCAUUUUAAGGAGUGAGGGUUAGGGAGGAGGCGGCCUGCAUCCCGUAGCUUAAAGCCCUCCCUACAGUAGAUCUUUCGUAAACAUGUGUUCCUAGACCACCCUUACACCUCCCCUCAACGUUCUUGUCGAAGCUGUCCAGGGUCAGUGCUUCUGUGGGUCACGCGGGUUGGACGAAUGCCCUAUGACAAAGCUUCUCAAGCUGCAAAGCUUAUACCCCCAGAGUAUGCCAAAGGAGAACACGGCGUCUCUCAGGAGUGUCUGUUUAGGGGACCCCCGUUAGGAAUGGAAAACAGCAUUUUAACGCUUAAACAAACAUGAAUAUAUUAUGGCACAGAAAGCAAAAUUUGCAUGACUUAAUAAAACACAGUACUUUGAGGAAACUUUUGAGUUAAAGAUGGGCUCUUUGGGGGUAUGUUGUCAGUCAGCAGAGGCGGACAUCCUGUCCCCUCUGCUGUUGGGGGGAUGAUUUUGGAAAGACUGGGAAGCCUUGCUCUACAGUGUUGUCCGGCUUUCAGGCUAUCAUAUACCACCUUGUACCCCAUCUCCAUUUUGUUUAAACCACAGGCGAUCUUUACUAUUAUUAACAACAUUUUUCUUUAAAUCAACUCAUUUUUAAAACCUAAACUGGAUUUUAAAAGAUAGACUUAUAUGACUCCAUAAAUGAAAAACCAGUACCCUGGAAACAAAAUAACAUUAAGCCUGACUUAGAUUCUAUGGCCUACUAAUGACUCUGAGCUUAAGGUCUGCUCUCUUAGCUUCGACAAAAAAGGAAAUUGGAGAGCAGAAAGUAUUAAAGACAUAUAAGCAUCAACAUAAAUGUGUCUUUCUCCUUGUUAUAAUCACAAGGUUUGAAAGACAUUUGGAAAGGGGUGUGUUGUUCUUACUUUGUGAGUCAGGGUCAUUCAAUGACAUUUCUGUGAACUAUCCAAAAUGCUGGUUCCAAGUGUCCCUUGUUUAGAGAAAGCUGCCAGAAAGACUGGCUGUCCUCGAGAGGACAUAUGCACUGUCCCAGCAUCAUCCCAAGACGUCUAAGCCUGCCGUAGGCCUAAGUGGUGGAAGCACACGGGUUCACCACACUUCCCAGUUGAGGGCUCCCUGACCUAGAGGAAUACCUUUUCUUAUAUGUAUUCAGUUCUUCUGGGUCCAUCUGGGCUUACUUUUUGAAAAUGGGGUCAAAGGUGGCCAUUUCUAUUCCAUCACAAAGGAAAACAUUGGCUUUGUUUUCGUGGACAUGUUUCCCUCUCACAGUGGCAUUCUUCCCCUGCAAACCCACAGGGUAAGAAACAGAUCUCCUACAUCUAUCACAGUGUUGGUGAGACUCUGUGAACACUGCCCUCUGUCCUCACCACGGGUAUAGAAAUUCGAGGAGGGUAGAGAUGGUGUUUGUUUUAAUCUCUGAUACAUCCCCAGCAUGCAGAAUCUAGUCCAAUGUCUGGCUUAUUGUGGGCGCUUAAUAAAUGUUUGCUUCAUGAAUGGCAAAGGACUGAAGGUCUAGAACGGGGCACCAUUUGGGAGGCCUGGUUAAUGUCAGGAUGCAUACUAUGAACGAAGCAGCAGAGAGACGACAGAAGACCCGUCUCCCAGCUCUAGCUCCAGCCUUCUGGGAUUUCCUUCAAAACUAUACCUUCCCCAAGGCUACCUCUCAGCAAAACCCUUGCCUUUCCGGAGCACAAAAUCCCAGAAUCUCACGACCACUCUGCAGUGAAUCAGCUGAGUAACAGGAGGACACAGGAUGAAGAUGAGAAGCCCCACACACUUACUUCCCUGCUCGCCUCAGUGAAAUCCUCCCAAAUAAUUCUCACCCAGCAACCCCCCUGCCAAGUCUGCUUUACCCCCAGCCUUGCUAGCUGUGCACAAAUAAAGACGAGUAUACUUACA